AUGGAAGGCUGGGUAUAAAUAAAGAGAGGAUGUUCAUGGAAAUAAAGAUAUGGAUUCAUCUCGAAAUAAGGAAGUUUUAGAUAUUUUGAUGAUCAGACUAUGACUAAAUUAAAGAGAGAUUUUAGGUUAAAAGAUGUAUAAAUUAUACAAGAUAGAAUGAACAAAAUUAUUAAAUUAUAGGGUAGUAAUGAAUCGCUAUAAAUAAAAACAGACUUAUAUGAACUAUGGCAUUAAAAAUUAAUUUAGGCAAAAGUUUAAUCUAUGGAUAUCUCUUAUAUUCCAUAGUUUUAAGGCUAAGAGUUUAUCAGAAUGAAUGAGUAAAUUCCAAAUGUUUAAUUGUUAGAAUAAUAAAACAUUGAUCCAAAUGAUGCAGUUAGUCCUCUAUAGCUUAGAAAUACAAAUAAUACAAAUUAGUAUACGAAUAUGCAAUUAUAAAGAGAUUAAUAUUAAGCUUACAAAUAAUAGAAUUAAAUUAGAACUAAUUAGCUUUAAAAUUAAAACCAAGUUUUUUAAGAAGCAAAAACGCAAAAUGGAUUAUAAUAAUUAGCUUAAUAUCCAAAUUAAUAGAUAACUCGCUAAAGAAAUAUUCCUUAAUCUAUGAAUCCAAGCAAUUAAAUCUAGCCGCAAAACAACUUAAAUGCCGAAAAUAGAACUAAUUUGAUUUAAAAUUAAAACCAAGUUUUUUAAGAAGAAAAUAAGCAAAACGGAUUAUAAUAAUAAGUUUAAAAUCCAAAUUUAUAGAUGAUUCGCUAAAGAAAUAUUCCUUAAUCUAUGAAUCCAAGCAAUUAAAUCUAGCCAUAAAACAACUUAAAUGCCUAAAAUAGAACUAAUUAGCUUUAAAAUUAAAAAUAAGUUUUUUAAGAAGAAAAUAGGCAAAAUGGAUUAUAAUACUUAAGAAAUAUUCCUUAAUCUAUGAAUCCAAGCAAUUAAAUCUAGCCAUAAAACAACUUAAAUGCCUAAAAUAGAACUAAUUUGCUUUAAAAUUAAAACAAAUUUUUUUAAGAAGAAAAUAGGCAAAAUGGAUUAUAAUAAUAAGUUUAAAAUCCAAAUUUAUAGAUAAUUCGCUAAAGAAAUAUUCCUUAAUCUAUGAAUCCAAGCAAUUAAAUCUAGUCGCAAAACAACUUAAAUGCCUAAAAUAGAACUAAUUUGAUUUAAAAUUAAAACCAAGUUUUUUAAGAAGAAAAUAGGCAAAACGGAUUAUAAUAAUAAGUUUAAAAUCCAAAUUUAUAGAUGAUUCGCUAAAGAAAUAUUCCUUAAUCUAUGAAUCCAAGCAAUUAAAUCUAGCCUUAAAACAACUUAAAUUCCUAAAAUAGAACUAAUUAGCUUUAAAAUUAAAAAUAAGUUUUUUAAGAAGAAAAUAGGCAAAAUGGAUUAUAACACUAAAGAAAUAUUCCUUAAUCUAUGAAUCCAAGCAAUUAAAUCUAGCCAUAAAACAACUUAAAUGCCUAAAAUAGAACUAAUUUGCUUUAAAAUUAAAACAAAUUUUUUUAAGAAGAAAAUAGGCAAAACGGAUUAUAAUAAUAAGUUUAAAAUCCAAAUUUAUAGAUAAUUCGCUAAAGAAAUAUUCCUUAAUCUAUGAAUCCAAGCAAUUAAAUCUAGCCGUAAAACAACUUAAAUGCCUAAAAUAAUUAAAACAAGAGAGAUGUUGAAUAUAAAUUUGAAAAAGAUUAGCAAUAACAAAAAUAAGACUAAGGCGUCUUUAGCAAUAUAAAAGACUUUAUAAUAGGUAAAAAGGAAGAUUAUUAUGAUGAGAAAUUCGUAAGUAAGCUUAAAAGCCAUAUCAAUUUAAAAAUGCAAGCUAAGCAAAAAAUUGAGGAAAUAAUUUUGCCUAUUACGACUUAGACAAGUCUAUUCAAUUAGGAGCAUAAUAAUAGCACUAUUUAAUAUAAUUUGAAUCAAUAUAUACAGCUUUAGAAUAUUUUUGAUUAGUAAAGAAAUACUUUCCCAAUAAAAAUGUCUCUUUUAAUAUUUCUAAUGUUCAUCAUUGUGUUUAAUCUUAUUUAAUGGUAGAAAAAAUAACUCAUUUACACUUUUUGUUGCAUAAUAAUAUCUUAAUUAUGUGUCUUAUUUAAACAUUUGAAGUCUAAAUAAGUUGCUAUCAAAUGCAACGUCUAAGCAUUCACUGCGGUUCCCCUCAAUAUCAGUGAAAUGUAUACAAUCAAUCAGCUUUUAGAAAAACUUUGUUAAAUCAACAAGAAUAUAAUCAUCUUUGAGCAAGAGAAAAAUAAAGAGUUAUUUAUUUUAGACAAAAAUAUAGAAUUUGAAUCUGUUUAUUAAAUACAAAUUAAAAACUCUAAAAUUUUUUCAAUUAAAAUAUUCACAAAAAACUAUGAGUAUCUUGACUCAAUCAUAGAAAACUUUACUUCGAAUUUUACCUCUAAAACUGGCAUCUGGAAAGUAAGUUAGCAAAGACCUCCUCCUAACUACAAUCCUGUUUUAUAUGUAAUAACGUAAAAAAUAUGGAUGUACAUUUCAAAUUAUUUAGUUUAUAUAAAAAAUGUAAGAGGACCAGUAGUAAGAUGGAAUAUUUAUGUGAUUUUUAACAUUAUAAAAGAUAAUUGGUAAUUUUCAUAUGAGAUAUUUUGCUUAAUUUGGUUACUGCUUAGGUUAAAAAAUCAGUAAGAACAAUUUAAUUGGAGCUAUUAUUCUAAUUGGUUCUUACUUAUUAAUUAUGGAAUAGCUUUUACCAAAAUAACCUUUUAUCUUGAAGAAAUAUUUUUAAGCUUAAGGACUGAUAUAAAGAAAUAGAUUACAAUUAAUGAAAAAGCAUAUAAAAAUUACUAUAAAAAAGAUAUUUAUAAGAUAGCUUUUAAAUAAGAAGAGAUUUAAACAUUAGAUAAAAUAAAUGAUUUUGAAGUUUUAUUUGUGUGUGUAUCGCUUUUUGCAAGUUUUGUCUUUAGCGACUCCUAUAAUGUGAUACAAAUAAUUUUAUUACCUGCUUUAAAACCUAUUUUCUUAAAAAGAUAUACCUCAUUUCAUUAAGCAAAAGGUAUAGUGUCAUUUAUUAUAACUAUCCAACUUUAUGUGAUUUUUGCCUUUGUAAUUCUCUCAAUUAUUCUAGAUAUUUUAAUAGUAGGAAAUUUUUUAGCGCACUUACAUUAGAGUUUAUAAGGCACAAGUAACAGAUUUGGAAUUAGUUUAUAAAGAUUAUUAACAAAUUUCUUUGAAUUCAUCAAUUUAGACAUAAAACAAAAUUAAUAACAAUUAUAAUGUUCAAUCUGUUUUGAAAAUUACUAUCCAACAAAAGACAAAGCAUUUUAUUGUAAAGAUUGCACUAUUAUCAUACAGUUUUUUUAACAAAAAUGGUGA